AUGCUUUCAGGAUCUGCUCUUAGCUCCUUUCUUGCUGUUAUCCUUGCCUUUGCCAUUCCGGCAGAGGCAGCACCUCGGCAGAUGAAUAGGCGAUCGGCCUCUGAGCUCAGCCUGACAGCUCAACUACAAAUUGCGGAUACCUCCAUUGACCGCUACAAGCUCCUCCCAAAAGAUGAGGAUUUCGUAUUCGAUUUCAACAACAACACCAGCCUGGUCGCCAACCGCCAGACUUUUCCGGCUUUGGUUGGCUAUGGAACGUCUUUCAGUGUGGGCUCACUGCCGGCAUGCAGCAUGGUCUACCUCCAUCUUCACCCUCGUGCCACGGAGCUCUUCGUCAUUAAUUCUGGGCGCGUUCUCACCCAGAUGGUGCCCGAAGCAGGCGUGCUUGACUCUGAAGGCAAGCAACGAGUUAUCAACGCCGAACUGGGUCCCGGCAAGAUGACCAUCUUCCCGGCCGGCUCUUUCCACACGCAGGUGAACCCGGAUUGUGAGCCAGCAAAUUUCACGGCGGCAUUCUCGUCAGAGGAUAUUGGGUUUGGCUUGGUCGCGGAGCAGACAUUCUCUCUGAGCGAUGAUGUUAUUGCUGCUACAUUUGGGCAGAGCAUAUCUGGAGAGGAUAUCGACAAAGUCAAGAAUGCUAUUCCUGCAGGCUCAGUGAUCAAGGUGGAGGAGUGCUUGAGCAAGUGCGGUAUUAAGAAGCGUCACACUUGA